AUGGCCCAAGAUGCGCUAAGUGUUGGGCGAGAAGCGCGCAAGCUCACAGCCACAAGGAGGAGAGCCAGGCGUUCACAUCCUGGCUCCCCUUCUUCCUUACCACUCGUCCGUCAAUUUCGAUCACAAGGGGAGACAGCUUUCCAACAACAUGGCCGAUGGAUCUCAAAACACCAAAUACGAACUUUGCUCUUAUGCUCCCUCGUCAUCACAUCGCUCUUCUACCCCGCCGUCGGUAUCUACUUUUGGGCUUCUAAAGGUGGGCCAGGCGUCUCGAGAGGUGAUGCUAAGAGUGUCUGGAGAUCCCUCAGCACGCCCUUUAUGGACUCGUUUGCCAGCAGCGGUAGGAAGCAUGUCAACAGCCUCAGCGACCUUCGCAUGAUCUGGGACGAUGCCCGCGACCUCAGAGCCAUCGACAUCAGCGACGCCCACUCCAUCUUCGAUCGACAAAGCUCUCGUCCCGAUCAUCAGACUAUCAACAGCGCCUCAGCCUACUCCCGUCCUCGCUGCCAGUCCAUCCGUGUAGAGCAUGUCUUUGUCACCACCGAUGAUGUCAUGGCCGGAAGAGGGCCUCGUUUUGGUGUGCUGGAAAAGCGUAUCCUCCAUUCGGCACUCCAGUUGCAGAGGUCGAUAGAGUCUGAACUUAGGAGCCAUAGAGAUGACGCCGAUGAUGACAAAGGCCUCCAACCUGCUCUUGUCUGUGUGCAGGCACGAGACUCCUUUCCGGGACGGUCACCGCUUGCCGACGAUCUAUCAAACUCAGGAAGCAAUGCCGCCUGCCUCACCCUGUCGCCUCUCGAAUACUGGAACCUGGACUCGCAAGCUAUCUUGGCAGACGAUGAACCCGCCCGACUCGUUUCGCAGUCGUCACUCAACCGCACAAGACUCGGUGCACCGCUUUCCCCCUCCACCACCUUGGCAGGGCGAUGGCAUCUUUUCAAGCGAUUGCCAAGGGCCGAGUACCUCGCCUUCACCUUCUUCUUACGUCAAUAUUCGGCUGAACGGUGCUCUGACUUGUGGCCAUUGUCACCCACAGCUUCUGUCGCCGCGGGAGCAUCAUCACGGCAUGCAGACUGGCACGAGCUACUCACCCGACUUACGGGAGGCCAGGUCCGCCUCAUUGCUUCGCCCGAAAACGUUUCUCACAGCCUCGUGCUCCAGUUCACACCCGACACUCCCUCCUCAAGACGGAAACCUACCCACAUCUUCUUGCUUACUGCCUACGCCUUCGUCAUCAUCUACAUCUCGAGAGGCCUUAUCAAGCUCCGCCAAGUGCACUCGCGCUUCGGUCUCGCUUUCACCGGCACCACGCAGCUUCUUAUCAGUAUGAUCAUGAGUGUUAGCAUCUGCGCUCUUCUGGGCAUCCGUCUCACCAUGGUCCCUUGGGAGCUGUUGCCCUUCGUUAUCGUCGUCGUCGGUUCCGAAAACAUGUUUAGCUUGACCAAAGCCAUUGUCGACACCCCUCUCUCCUUGACUGUCUCGUCUCGUAUCGCCCACGGUCUGGGAAAAGUCGGCCUACCCAUCACACUCACCACGCUCGCCGACAUCCUUUUGCUCAUCACCAUCGCCAUCUUCAUUGGUGUCCGAGCCGUUCGCGAGUUUUGCAUCUUUGCCAUCUUCUCCCUCGUCAUGGAUUGGUUCUUGCAGAUGACCUUCUUCAUCACCGUUCUCAGUAUCGACAUGCAACGACUCGAACUCGCCGAUCUCUUGACCCAAGGCACUCGCAUUAGCCGUAAGCAAGACGCUUCCAUGAACUCGCACGACAGCGCCUUGAAUGGCUCCAGCGGCGUAAGUGACGACUUUGAAGGCGACAUCCAGCCAGAUGGACAACGGCGUAACGGCACCGCUCGGAUGCCGCAGCCUUCUACCAACAUCGUCAUUGCUGGACUAUCCAAGAUCUGGAAGGCGAGAACUGCCAGAACGGCCAGUCUCACGCUGAUCCUGGUCUACAUGGGUGGACUCUAUCUGUACUACGGUACCGGCUUCCCGAGCCAUCAGCAAUCGAGCUACGUGCUUCCAGCAGACUGGGAUACCAUCCGACCUGCGCCAGCUUUGGAGAGCACCUUCGACCCGUUUGCGCAUCUCGACACCAAACCUGAACCAACACUGCCGUGGUGGAUCUCGUCGCCCAGCGCCGAUCUCUGGACAUCCUUGAACCCGCUCGGCGCGCAUGAGCUGCGCAUCAACGUCGAGCCAUGGACCAUCCUGUCGCUCAGAUCCUCCAACGAGGGCGAAACUCCACCCUCCACCGCCACUUUUGCGGGAUGGGCCCUCUUCCGACCGAGGAUACGAGCUUUGAUCUGGUUUGCCAAGCUGGUCGUUCUCCCGAUCUCCGGAACGACAGCACUGCUUUGGAUGCUUCUGCUCUAUCUCCUCAAAGACACCGAGCUCCUCGAUGCACAAAGGGACAAGUCCGAAGCGGAUCCUUCCGAGAGCGGAAACGGCUUGCCUCUGGCGUCAUCAGCGCAUUCAAUCCAGCCAGAGACCACCGUCCACGCUAACGCUCAUCACUGCGAUGUUGAGUUCCUUGCUCACGACCGAGGGCUUGCUGCCUCCAUAGACAAUGGCGGCGGCAUCCGUGUGUGGAAGUUCGAUGGUCUCAGUGGUGGCAAUGAAGGUGCAGGACGCAGGGGUAGCAUCAGCGGUGCGCGAAGUGGGCCUCUGUCCGACGAAACCGCUGUGACUGCGUUGGCCCUUUCAGCCGAGGCCCGAUGGCUUGCGGUCGGGCAUGCGUCAGGCCGGGUCACCUUCGUCUCGACAGACACUCUCGAACCAAUCUGGAACUCGCUGCCCGACGACUCGGUCUCGCCGAUCACAGCUCUCACGCUGCAACACCAUGAGGCGAUGCACACGCUCGAAGCAGCUACAGCUUUUUCAUCACACCGCGACGGCACAAUCCGUAUCUGGAACGUCGCACGAAAAGGAGUCAAGCAGGCAACCUCUGUGACUCAGCUCGACUCGCGCUUGCGUUGGCGAUCCGUUACGAUUGAUGUUGUUCCGACCGCUAGUAGCAGUGGUGGAAACUCUGUACUAUCGGGAACAACCUUCCUUGGCUUCACCAAUACAGACGGUCAGUUUCACAUCAGAACAGUUGAACUGGGCGCACCCAGCACCAAGACCGUCUUCACGCUCGGUAUCGAAGACCGUUGCCACGUUCGCUCAGCGUUGCUUUGCCAACUAGCAAGUCGCCCCACGUCAGCAGACGAGGCGCCUCUGCUCCGAAGUACACUUCUGCUCGGUCUUGCCAACGGCCGUGUACGGCUUGUCGACUUCGAGACGGCCGAGACAGUCAGCAUUGUUGAAUUGGACGAUGGGGCCGUUACCAGCUUGCAAGCCAUCGAUGCUGGUGAUGCCAACACUUCGGCUUUCAUAGCACAGACUUCCGGAAGAGCCUCUCUGCUGAUUGUCUCUGGCGGUGCAACAGGCGCAUCGGCGGUGAUGGAGAAGAGCGGUUCAAUCCACAGCAGCUUGGGAGCGUUCAUGUCAGGAUCACCACUGCGCAUUCGGACACCCAACGGAUCUCGCACCAAUGCAGCCAACUUUUGGGCCGACGGAUCCACACCGCCUAGUCCAGCCUCGGAACUUGCCAACCCCUUGUCGUAUCCCAUGUCAUCGCACGGAUCUGCAUCGAGGCUACGACGAGCCAGCGCUCACGUCAGAGACCGCAGUAGUACUGUCAUGGGAGCCGAUGUCACUUCGCAAGCUACUGCCGCAUCAUCCAGUCUUUCAGUGUUACCGAACUUGCCACCACCUAGCAACCCCACACAAAAGACCGACGAGCGGCAACUGCGACUUCUAGGCUGGGUUCGAUGUCAACGAGGCGGCAGUUUUGCGACUGCAAGCAAGACUCUUCUCGUUGGUAUCGGUCGAGCACAGCGAAGCACUCAUGCCAGUCGAUGGGAGUGGUGGUCAUUAGAUCUGCGCGAUGAACUGGUGCUGGGACGUGGCGGAGAGUUGAUCGUUCCUCGUCAGGCUUUGCUCCUGCAGUCAGAGACGGCUGCCUACAAUGCGCCAUCGAGAACAUCGCUGCAAGGGCAGCUCAAUGGUCGACGACCAUCUCAGGACUCAUCAUUGGAUGACGCCCUCUCUUUCUCCCGCCUCCAUCCGGUACAUGGCUUUGCGACGCCGCAACGCAACGAGAGUACGCUCCUGUUUGGCUUUGGUGGCUCCGUUGGAGUGCUCCAAGUCAAGCCAGCGCAGUUUUGA